AUGUAUACAUUCCGUUCUGCAAAGAAAAGAAAAGUACAUGACUCAACAAAUACCACCCCACACGUGGAAUGUAACCGAUGCUCUAGCCAUUGAUAAUUCCGAAGAACUUUGUGCAGCUUUUAUACUCUCUUUCAAAAACGAUUCCCCCCAAGCUUCCUCGCUUCCACCAAUAAAGUAUCUUUCCUUGUAUCAAACCCUAAAUUAUCCAUGUCGCCAUCAGGCGACGGAGCCACCGAAGUUAAAAUCUGCUCCGACGAAAAUGGUGGCUUCCAUGGCGGCUAUAUAAAAACACAUUGCUUGAAAUCGGAGCCUCCUUUCUGCUCUUCUUCUUAUUUACCAGGAAUUGCCUUAAAUCCGUUUCAGGACUCGGAGAAACUAGCGCGAGUUGUUACUGCGUCAGCAAAAGGUUUCUCAAUUGGAGCCGGUAUUAAAGGAGGACUCGCCUUGUUUUCAAUUCUCGCAAGGUUGCGGCGCACCAGAUUAUCCUCCACGAGGAAAGUCGAGGUGUUUUCCAACAGGAAAGCUAUUGAUUUAGCUAUUAAGGAAACGCUAAGAUACGGGCUUUUCCUUGGUACUUUUGCUGGUACAUUUGUGUCUGUUGAUGAAAUUAUUGCAUAUUUAGGAGGCCACCGGAGGACGGCGAAAUGGAGGUCUUUAUUAGCAGGAUUAAUCGCUGGGCCAUCUAUGCUUCUUACAGGGCCAAACACACAGCACACAAGCUUGGCCAUAUACAUACUUAUGCGUGCUGCAGUGUUAGCGUCACGGUGUGGAAUUAAGAGCAAACGAUUUGGGAAAAUUUGUAAACCUCUUACUUGGAAGCAUGGAGACGUUUUCCUCAUGUGUCUCUCGUCUUCUCAAGUUUUGUCUGCUUAUAUAUUGAAGCAAGAUAGUUUGCCUCCAUCAUACAAGUCCUUUCUCAAUAAACACGGUGGAAAGGAUCUUUCUAUCUUGCAAGGUGUGAAAGAUAUUGCAAGCGGCUUGCCUUUCACAAAUUUGGAGGCUAUAGAGAAAUAUUACAACUCCACAGGUGUUGAUAUUAAGCUAGACCCAGAAAUGAAAAUCCCCUGCACGAUUAUACAUGGAAAUCAAUCGUGCAGUGCGCAUGUUGUUUCUUUUUUUCUUCAAGCAUAUAAAAGAGCUUUACCAGUUUAUCUUCCUGUAUAUUUGAUCCCUGCACUUAUAGUUCAUCGUCAAGGCCUCCUGAAAAGGCCUUGCAACAUAUUUGGGAAGGGUCUUCUUGGUACUGCAAGAUCAAGCUUGUUUCUAUCUGUGUAUUGUUCAUCUGCCUGGAUGUGGACGUGUCUGCUCUUUAGAAUUUUCAGGUGGUGUAACAUUCCGAUGGUGGCAAUAGGGACGUUGCCAACUGGCCUGGCCCUAGCUAUUGAAAAGAAAAGCAGGCGGAUUGAAAUAUCUCUUUACUGUUUCGCAAGGGCAGUUGAAAGCUUCUUUAUCUGCACGCGAGAUGCCGGAUAUUUGCCAGAGUCUCUGAAUUUGAAGAGAGCUGAUGUGGUGAUUUUCAGCAUCUCAACAGCUAUAAUAAUGCAUUGCUAUGAGCAGGAAAGGGAAGUGUUCCGGUCCAAGUACCUUAAUGUUCUUGAUUGGGUAUUUGGCGUGCCUCGCCCCCCUGGUGACACAUCACCCCGCAAGGAUGGGUUGAAAGCAAGCUGACAGACCUCUCCGGCUUUAUUAGAUAGAAGAAUUUUUACAAUUGAACUCGCCUCACAGAAGCGCAGAGCAAUUAUUUGCACCACGUAAUUUAUUGAAAAAAGGAGCGGGCAGAUUAGUUUCACAUAUGAGCAUGCGCUACUAAACAGAGUACUAUAUUUCUUGAUUCAUAAAUUCUCGGGUUCGGUGUAAUUUCCCCCCUUGUAAUAUGCAUAGAUGUUUGUUAACUGAGCAAUCCAGGCAGUCGCUGAACUGUUUCCAGUGUAAAAGACUAGAAUGUCAUGUGAACAAUUAAUGAUAGCAUUUUAAUACUGCUUAAUGCAAAUCGUUACGUUUA